GCGCCGCUCCCCCGUCGCCUUCCAGGACUGGGAAAGGGGAGAAGAAGGACAGACGGUGCCACGUCCGACGGCCGAGCGGGCUGGGGGGGGCAGGGUCUGCUACCCGCCCUUGGCACGACUCCCCGAGACCCGUUCCCGCACCUCGCCCUCCUCCCUGCUCCAAGGAGCCUCCCUCCUUCUCGGGAUCUGAGCCCCCGUCUUCAUUUCCUCCGAGCUACGCCGCCGUCCUGGAGAAGAAGGGGCAAGCCGGGAGAGCCAUGCGCUUCGCCUGGACCGUGCUCCUCCUGGGGCCGCUGCAGCUCUGCCCCCUCCUCCGCUGCGCCCCGCAGGCCCCGCGCGAGCCGCCCGCCGCCGCCCCGGGCCCCUGGCGCCAGACCAUCCAGUGGGAGAACAACGGGCAGGUGUUCAGCCUGCUGAGCCUGGGGGCGCAGUACCAGCCGCAGCGGCGCCGGGAGCCGGGCGCCGCGGCCCCGCGACCGGACGGCGACGCCGCCGCCGCCGCCGCCGCCGCGCAGCCGCGCACACCCAUCCUGCUGCUGCGCGACAACCGCACCGGCCCCGGGCGCUCCCGGACCUCCGGCCCGUCGGGGGUCGCCCGCCGCUGGCUCCAGGCUGCCUCCUCGUCGCCGUCGGGGGCUCGCGACGGAGCCCCGCGGCGCGCGGCGAACCGGACAGCGUCGCCGCAGCCCGCGCAGCCCAGCAAUCUGAGGCCGCCCAGCCACGUCGACCGCAUGGUGGGCGACGACCCCUACAACCCCUACAAGUACUCCGACGACAACCCCUACUACAACUACUAUGACACGUACGAGAGGCCCCGGCCCGGGAGCAGGUACCGACCCGGGUACGGCACCGGUUACUUCCAGUACGGUCUCCCGGACCUGGUGCCGGACCCCUAUUACAUCCAGGCAUCCACGUACGUGCAGAAGAUGUCCAUGUACAACCUGAGAUGCGCCGCGGAGGAAAACUGCCUGGCCAGCUCAGCGUACAGGGCGGAUGUCAGAGAUUACGAUCACAGGGUACUGCUACGAUUUCCCCAACGAGUGAAAAACCAAGGGACGUCUGACUUCUUACCAAGCCGCCCUCGUUAUUCCUGGGAGUGGCACAGCUGCCACCAACAUUACCACAGCAUGGAUGAAUUCAGCCACUAUGACCUGCUUGACGCCAACACACAGAGGAGGGUGGCUGAAGGCCACAAAGCAAGCUUCUGUCUGGAGGACACAUCCUGUGACUAUGGCUACCACAGGCGUUUUGCUUGCACCGCACACACACAGGGAUUGAGCCCCGGGUGUUAUGAUACCUACGCAGCAGACAUAGACUGUCAGUGGAUUGAUAUUACAGAUGUACAGCCUGGAAACUACAUCCUAAAGGUCAGUGUAAACCCCAGCUACCUGGUGCCUGAAUCAGAUUACAGUAACAAUGUUGUGCGCUGUGACAUUCGCUACACAGGACAUCAUGCCUAUGCCUCGGGCUGCACAAUUUCACCGUGA